AUGAGUGAGAUUAUACCACAAGCAAGAGGGUUUUUAGUAACAUCGCAACCCGAGAAGGCAUUGGAAAUACUUACGCCGCACAUCGCGUCCAAUGCCAAAUCACCGGAAUUUCUUGCUAUAUUAGGAGAAGCAUUACUUGAGAAUAACGAUUUACAACAAGCAUAUGAGGUGCUAAUACAAGCGUGUGAACUAGAUUCUGAUGCGGCUUUGGGAGUUGAAAAGUUCCUUUACUUGGGACAAAUUAUUGGUGGUGCUGAUGGGUUGAAUUAUGUAAACACAGGAUUGAAUAGAUUGAAUGAAAUUUUGACUAGCAUAAGUCAAGACGGGGGUGUAACACGGGAGGAAUUGGUGAAAGGAGGGUACAAGGACAUAAAUGAGUACAAGACUUGGGCUAUUAAGAAGUUGAAUUCGGGAAUAUUCGCCAGUAUUGAGAUUUGGAUGACUGAUUUAUGUAUGGAACCAGAAGCAGAGUCAAAAUGCAAUGAGUUGAUUGAGUUUAGCUUGUCGAUAGAUCCAACUAACCCAGAGUCCCUUUCGAUCUUAUCGUCAAUUCGAAUUUCGCAACAACGCCAACAAGAGGCCGUUGAAGCGUUGCAAAGAUCAUGGGAAUUAUUCAAAUUGCAAAAGACCAAAUUGGAGGAUUUCGCUAAUAAGAAAGAGGAAGAAGAAAGUAGCUCUGGUGGUGAUGCAUUUGAAGUCGGUAUGGAGUAUGUUGAAUUGAUUCAACCAUUGAUUACAUUAUCUCGGUAUGCCAUUGAAUUGGAGCAAUACGACACUGCCAUUGAAAUUGCAUCCAAUGUACAAGACAUCAAUGAUAGUAUACUAGAUGCUUUCUAUAUUGAAGCUUUGGCAAACUUAUUCAAAGCGAAACAAACCUCAUUUGCAAACACUGGCCAAGCAAACGAUGAAGAGUUUGAUUAUCGUGAGGUGGAAGUAUCUCAAUUGAAAGACACGUCUGAAAUAAAACAACUUUUGGCGGACACGCGAUCCAUUUUGACGUCGGCCUACAAAAUAAGCAAUAGCGAAUAUGGAGCUGAGAAUGAUCCUGUUCUUGUUGAACAAGUGAAUGAAUUGUUGAAUCUGCUAGGCGGACCAAUCAUGAGCGAAUUGAUGCCAAAGAGAGACAAUUUGGAUGAUGCAGAAGUUGCCAACUGGGAGACGGAGAUUGUUUCAGAUGAUGAAUAA